AUGCCGAGCGACAUGCGACGAGCAUGUAUGAGUAAGAACCGUGAAGUAUCAUGUUAUCUUUUGACGAAGAUGUCUUGGAAGGGGAAUUACAAACGUCUUUUCACAAUCGGCACUCUUGGUGUAACAACUUACAACAAGGAUACUUUAAGAGUGACAAAUCAGUGGACAUAUGAAGAAAUCUAUGAAAUUAAAAUAGAUCAUAAUAUCAAAUCAAAUCAACCCCAGCUAAAACGUUUCAUUUUGGAUAUAUUAGAUACAAAUCGUAAACGUCAUGAAUUAACAUUUGCUACAGAAUAUCGUGUUGAAUUAUUAACUGAUUUAUUGCAUUUUCGUGAUAGAUUUAUCAAAGAAAAGAAAUCGAAUGUGCGAAUACAUGCUACUAAAAUCAGUUGGUCAGAAUCAACAUACGAUGUAAUUUUAGAUAUUGGUCCAAUUUCAAUUGAUCUACGUAAUCCACGUACUGGUGAAUUAUGGAAAACUUAUGAUUUUAAAGAUAUUGAAUGUAUUAGUAAAAUACAUGAUACUUCGAAUGGAGUGGCAAUUAUUCACGGUGGGUUUGGACAUAUUCAUAUAUUCCUAACACGUGAACCGGAUAAUUUAAUCAAAGAGAUCAAUAAAUCUGCUCAUUCCAAUCUCUCUGUAUCAUUUAAUCAACCGUCGAAUCCAUUGACACGUGAUUAUUGUACAGAAUAUAGACUGGGGAAAGUCAAUCAAGAUCAUUUAAUUUCACAAGCUGAAUUCACUGUACAAAAAUUAUCGAAUCGUUAUGGUGGUACUAAUCAAAUGAAAACAGUUUCACGUUUAAUGUGUCUAACUGAAUCAUUAUUGUUAGAAAGAGAUCCAACUAGUUAUCGUCCAAUUUCUGCUCAUCCAUUAUGUGAAAUACAUUUACUUGUUCGUGAUCGCUUUCAACCUCAAAGAUUUUCUAUUGAAUAUGUUCGUGGACAAAUUGCUACAUAUUUUUCUACUAACAGAGAUGCUCUAUUAGCAUCAUUGUUAGAUGGUGUACGUGCCAGUGGUAAUCGUGAUGUUUAUGUAUCCAGCUCAUUCUCUGAUCGAAGUUUACGUUUUAUUCCAUUAAUGAAUUCAGCAACUGAAGAAGUUGAAUCAGUACACUUAAGAUUUUUACGUCAACGUCCAGAGGGUGUUUCAUUUUGGGAAGUAGUACAACGUUUCAAUGCUAACAUUGCCUACAGUGGUUUAUUACAUGCUGUUACUCAAGAUGGUGUUUUUGCAGAAAAUAAGGAGAAACUAAUCAAAGAUGCAUUGAUUAGUAUUCUUACACAAGAUACACGUAUAAUUGAUGCAAAUCCUUUAACAGCUAUGAGACGAUCGUCAUCAUCAUCUUUACAUUGUACUACUGAUAGUACUACUACUACUACUACUAAUAAUAAUAAUAAUAAUACUAAUUACGAGUUAAUUUUAAUCGAAGCACAAUUUCAUGCAUUACGUCGAUUGGUAGCAUCAAAAGCAGGAUUUAAUGCUUUCACUCAAUUACCUGGAAUGCGUGUAACAUUAGGUCAACUUGUAGUGAAUGCAUUAAAACUACGUGAUGAUGCUGUUACACAUUCUGUUUUAGAUGCUAUUAAUACACUAAUGCAUCCAAUGCAUGAUCAACCAGAUAUUAGACAAGAACAAUUAAAUAAAGCAUCUAUUAUGUCUAGUGAAAUAUUCCUAUCUCAUCUUGUUGAUAUAUUCACAUUACAUGCUUUACGUGGAAGUGGUUCACUAGUACUUUGUGCUUUAUUAGACUUUUUUACUUAUGGUGUUUGUUUACCAUAUUCUGAAACAUCUGAAGGUGGAUUAUUUGAUAAUUUACUACGUUUAUUAGCUAAUCGUGGUCGUGCAUUAUUUCGAUUAUAUCUUCAUCCAAGCUUAGCUAUUGUUCGUGGUGGAGGUAUGAUAAUGCGUGCAUUGAUUGAAGAAGGUGGAACAGAUGUUGCUAAAGAAUUACGCAGUUUAGCUUUAACUGAAGGUGCACUAUUACAUCAUUUUUGGACUGCUUGUUUUACUCAAGGAAAUGAUCCACGAAGUUUAGCUGUACAACAGCUUAGUCGUCAGUUAGUUGCAUUAUGGUCUGAAAAUAAUCAAGAUGCAUGGGAUCUAUUUAAAAGGAUGCUUCCAUUAGGUUUACUGUCAUACCUAGAGUCAACUGAGGAGCCUCCUGUAAAAGUUAUCAAUAUGUUACCAGAUCGUGAUAAUUUACAAUUAGCUCAUGAGCAUAUGAUGCGUAUAGAAGAACGUAAACAAACUAUUUCAUAUCAAUUAGAAUCGAAAAUUGAUGAUUUACUGACACAUUGGCGUCUACGUGUUGGUCUUCCGAUUCCUAAAGUAAUUGGAAAACAGAAUCAUUUAAAAGAAGCUGAAGAACGUCCUGUUGUGCUUCGUCGACCACGUCAUUUACUUCAAUCAUUACGUGGUGAUUCGGCGAAUUGUAAACCGACAACUAAUUGGCGUUUAUUUUUCUAUCAAUUUCAACAGGAUCAUGCUAAAGCUGAUUUAAUUUGGACUAUACGAACAAGAAAUGAAUUACGUGAAUCGAUGGAAAAAGAAUUACAAGAAUUUCGUCAAGAACGUAAUUAUUUUGCACAAAGUCGUUUAGAAGAAUCCGAUAUACCAGAUUUUGAUCGAUCAGAACCAGUUGGUACUGGUCAACCUGAACGUAUAUUUCCAAUUGGUUUAAUUGGUAAAGCACAAAGUACACCAAAUAUUAGUGAUCAUGUUAUAAUGAAUGAAAAUUCACAAUUAUCUACAAUGGAUCAUCAUGAACAUACAGUGGAAAAUGAUGACAAAGAUGUUCAACUAAAUCAAUCGAGAAUUCAAAAUUCAAAUGAUCAUAAUGGUACACAAACUUUAUCACGAUCAUCGAAUCUCAGUAGAAAAACACGAACAGCGGUUAGUCCAACUAGAAUACAAGCGGAUCAUUUAAUUAACCAGGCAAGUCUUGUUUCAUGGAAUUAUAGAGAAUUUAAAGUGAAUUAUCCAAGUUUAAUUGAAGAACCACGUGUUGGCAACUAUUUUUUACGUUUACUACUUGAAGAAGAUCGACAUGUAAAUGAAGUAAUUGAUGCAACUACAUUAACUAAUGCAGAUUCAAAUCAUGUACUAUCUAUGGGUUUAUCACGUAUUCGUGAUAGUACUGCAUUUUUCAAUGAAUUAUUUCGACGUUACCUUCAAUAUGUUGCAUCGGAUCCAUUUUAUUCCAUUAAUGAUAAUUCUAUUAAACGUUGUACAACUGACCAUAACAAUACAACACCUAAUACAUUACGUCGUCUUACAAUGCGUUGUUUAUGUUUACAUGCUAUGUCAGUUGUCUAUCAUCGAUGUCAUCAUGAAAUUGGUCCAAUUACAGAUAUUCCAUUGCUUACUUAUUUAUUAGAUCGUACAACAUUUGCAUCUGAAAGAGAUUGUCUUUUAUUACUAUUGGAUAAAUUAAUGUUGAAUAAGAAUAAUGUUAUGUCGUUUGUUGAUGCUGAUGGUGUACGUGUUCUCAUCGAUUUAGCAUGUUUAGCACAUUUACAUACAAAUCGAGCACCUACUCCAUUUCAAUCCAAUGUUUUAAAAGCUAGUUCUGAACAAGAGUUUUCUGGUUCUGGUGCAAAUACUCAACGAGAAUGGUGGUAUAUUCAUACAACACAAACAGAACAAACAACUAGCGGAUCAAUAGCUAAAUCCGGAUCUCAUUCUAUUCAAGGUCCAGUUAGCUUUAAUGAACUACAACAAUUGAUUAAAGAUGGACGUAUUAAUAAUGCUACAAAAGUAUAUGCUCAAGGUUUAGAUGCAACACCUCGUUGUCGUCCAGAUGGUUAUUUAGCUGAAGAUGAUUUUGCUGAUAUCAAAGAGGAUAAUAAUAAAUUCAAUAAAUCAUCUAAUCAAUCACAAGAAAAUCAUCUAAAUAAUGAAACGAUUGAAUCAUUAGAUCAUUCUGAACAAAGGAAUGAAAAAACUAUUGCUUGUGGUAUGUAUGGUUGGAUGCCAGCUAAACGUAUUAUACAAAUUCGUUGGACACUUGCUGAUAUUUCCGAAAUGAAUGUGUCUACACGUUCUAAUCCAACUGUUACUACUACUACUACUAAUAAUAAUAAUACAAGUAAUACAAUCCCUGAAAAUCAUGAAUUAAAUGUUGGUUGUUUAAUUGAUAAAUUAAGUUAUACUGGUGGAAUGUUUUCAGAUUAUACUAGUUUAGCGAUAAAAUGUAUAGAUAUUUUACGUCGAUUAUGUGAUAGUUGUUCAUCACGUGAUCUACAUGGUGGUGUUGUUCGUCCAUUACCGAAACCACGUCGAGCUAUCUCUGAUAUGAAUUGUCUGCCGCAUUUAAUUCAAUUACUACUAACCUUCGAUCCACCAUUGGUUGAACGUGUUGUCUCACUUCUACAUGCUGUUAUGGAUCAAAAUCCUUAUCUACCACGACUUUAUUUAACUGGAAUAUUUUAUUUCAUAUUAUUAUAUACUGGUAGUAAUGUAUUACCAAUUGCAAAGUUUUUAAAAGAUGUUCACUUAUUACAAGCAUUACGUCUAGAUGAAUUCACUGGUUCAUCAGGAAUUGAUUUAACAUCACGAUCAAUUCUGGGUAAUAUGUUACCUGAUGCUAUGAUUGCUUACUUAGAAAAUCAUCCACCAGAGAAAUUUGCAGAGAUUUUUCUUGGUGAUUUUGAUUCACCUGAAGCAAUAUGGAAUUCAGAAAUGCGACGUUAUAUGAUUAGUCGAAUUACAUCACAUUUAGCUGAUUUUACACCACGUUUACAUAGUAAUAUACGUGCUAUAUAUCGAUUUAUUGGUAUGCCAAUUAUUAUUUAUCCACAAUUAGAAAAUGAAUUAUUUUGUCAUAAUUAUUAUUUACGUCAUUUAUGUGAUCUACAACGAUUUCCUAAUUGGCCAAUACGUGAUCCGGUAGCAUUAUUACGUGAUAUAUUGAAAACAUGGCGUGAUGAAUUACAAAAGAAACCAGUGAAUAUGUCUUAUGAAGAAGCAUUAGGUGAACUUGGAUUAGAUCCAACUCUGUUAAAUUCAUCAAAUGAAGAGUCAUUUAUUCGACGAGCUUAUUAUCAGAUGUCAAUGAAAUAUCAUCCAGAUAAGAAUCCAAAUGGUCGAGAGAAAUUUCAAUCAUUAACCAAAGCUUAUCAAUUUCUAUGUAAUCGUAGUAAAUUAUCACGUGGUCCAAAUCGUCUACAUAUUCAAUUAAUGCUUAGAGCUCAAAGUAUUGUGUAUAAACGUUAUCGUUCUUUACUUAUUUCAGAGAAAUACGCUGGUUAUCCAAUGCUUGUAGCGACUAUACUCGCUGAAAUAUCCGAUGAUAAGUUAUUCUCAUAUGGAGCACAAACAUCUGAUGAUCAAACUGACAAUAAUGACACUACUACUAAUAAUAAUUCACAGUCUUCAGCAUCAAAUAACAAAAAUAAAUCCAAUGAAACUGUAGAAAAUGCUGUACUACUCGUUGCUGCAACGGAAUUAACUUAUGAAACUGUAGUUACUAGUGUAUUGAAUGCAGAAGAAUUACGCCGUGAAAAUGGUAUACCAGUGUUACAAAAAGCAUUUUCACAAUGUUCUAAUUUCUUAUCACGUACAUCAAGUCGACCUGGACAUAUUGUAGUUGAAGUAUGCGGACAUAUUGUAUCAGUGUUAGCGGCUGCAUCUCUAUUUCCUUCUUCACGUCAAUGUAUUCAAGAGACACCACAAUUGUUGAAAGAUACAUUAAGAUUAUUGUAUUAUAAAAAUUUACCGAAACUUUGUUGUUUAACUGCAACUUGUGUAGCAUCAUUCUGUAUUGAUUAUUGGCUAUGUGUAACAUGUUAUGAAUAUGGUGGAUUAUUUCUUCUACUUCAACAUGUAUUGAGCUACGAUUUCACAUUAGAAGAAGCUGGUGUUGAAAUUAACGAAGAAACUAAUUCACAAGUUUUAGCAAAUCGUUUAGCUUUAUUAUCAUUAUGGGCUAUUGGUCGAAUGGUUAAUGGUUAUGCAACUGGUCGUGAAGUAACAGAAGAUGGUUAUCUAAUGCGUGAAGGACCAGAUGUUAUGGAAGCGUUAAGUCGUUUAUUAACACCACAUUUAGCUAGAAAAAUUCUUGAAUUAAAUAUAUAUGAUUCAAGUCAAAUUGGUCGAUUAAGUAAUGGUAAUAAUGAUUCACAAAUUUUACAUGAUUUCCCAUUGGAUACAUCUAGGGGGAAGUAUUUACGUUCAUUGGCUAAAUUAUUAACUACGAAUUCUGUAACACCAUAUUUAAUAUGGGAUAAUCGUUGUAGAGCAGAAUUGGAAACGCUGAUUGAUCUACAAGUUGUGCGUUUAAUUAAAACUGGUGAAUGUAAUUUAAACUCUGUACUAUCAUUUACUCAUGAAUCAUAUGCUCAAGAAUUAUUAAUUGGUGAAGUGUUUGUCAGAUUAUAUAAUAAACAACCAGCUUAUACAUUGGAUGAUCCUAAAGGUUUCAUCAUUGAUCUAUUUCAAUUUCUUACAAAUGAAUUACAAAAUCUUAAUUCAGAGAAAGUUUAUGACACUAAUCAUCAAUUAAGUCGAACAAAUCGAGUUGAUUCAGAAUUACAAUUUAUUAAUAAUAUGAAGGAACAACAGAAUGAUGAUGGAGAUGAUGAUUAUCUAUCCGUAGAUGAUACAGUCAAUUUAGAUGAUGAAAUUGAUUGGGGCGUUGAAGCGAAUAAUAUUACAAAUCAAUGUGUAACAAAUGUUAGUUCAGCUUUAGAAGCAUUAACUAAUGUUAUACGUCAUAAUACUGGUUUAGAAAUUCAAUGUAUUGGACAUUUCCCCUUACUAUUCUCUAUACUUGAUUUACAUGAUCAUCCUGAAGUUCAACUACGGGCGUUAGAUGUUAUUCAGGCUGUUUCUACAAAUCCACAAUGUCUUGAAGAUAUGGCUGCAUCUCAUUUAUUAACUUCAUUAGUUAUGUUGUUCUUUGUUCUUCCAAGAGCUCAUCUUGUACUUAUACAAACUAUGGAACAUUUGAUUUCUUCAUCAUUAUUACUAAAAGAAUUUAUUUAUGCUGGUGGUUUAAUUUAUCUAAUGAGUAUAAUGUGUCAAUCAUCACAACAACAAGUACGUCAAGCAACUGUAGAUUUAAUAUCACAUUGUUUAAUUAAUAAACAAUUUGGUCGACGUAUACAAGCUAUUCUGAAUCAAUAUUUACCAAAUGUAUUUGUUGAUACAAUAAGAGAUCAACCAGAAACAUUCUUAGCAUUAUUCGAUGCUGAUCAUGAAAACCCCGAGGUGAUAUGGGAUUCUAAUCUACGUAGUAUCUUAACUAAAGUUUUAAAUGAACAAACACACAGUUUCUAUAAUUCACAAUGUGAUAAUCACAAUAUGAAAUGGAAUUUACCAGAUUCAUUUAAAGUACCUUACACAGAAAUAAUAGCUAAGAAAGCUAAUGAAGAAAAUAAAAAUAAACCAAAUGAAAUAGCACAAUAUGUUGCAUGUCUUGGUCCAAUUCAAAUAGCUAAUGUUUAUUUACAUUUAUAUAUAUCCCAUCCUGGUUGGACAUUACGUAAUCCAGAAUUAUUUUUAAAUGAAUGUAUGGAAAAAUGGAUUGAGGCAAUACAUCAAUUACCAAAUUCAACUUUAUUAGUUAGAUUACUAACUCGAGCGUGUAAAACUGUACUGACUGAUCGUCCUGGUCUUACGGAUUCUUUGCCUCGAUCUGGUAAUGUACAUAGAGUUUUAGAAUUAUUAGCAAAAGUCGAUGAUCCAGAAGGUGCUAAAGCGAUUGUCAUCAUUUUACAUCAGAUGUCAGCGAGUAAAUUAUGUGUACAAUCAAUGUCAGAGAGUGAUACAAUUAGUGGUUUAAUUCGUAUUGUUAAUCGUUGUAUUGGUGAAGAAUUAGGUUUAAUUGGUGAAACAUUAUUCUGUUUAUUUGAUACACAAUAUUCUGAUCCAUUAAUUGAACAAGCUUUAAAACAUGAUCUUAUUGGUUUUAUAUUACGUAUGCUUCAAAAUGGUUUCCCAUCUUCAGUACGAGAACCUGGACAAACUCGAGCUUAUCUCAUCAAAGCAUUAAAGGCAAUGCAGUACAGUGCAGUUUAUGGUGCAAAAGUUACUUCAAUUCUUGAAGCAUAUCCUAAUUGGGCAGAUUAUCGUGAUCAAUGUCAUUCUUUAUUUAUUUCUAAUGUACCACAAUCAAUGACUACAUAUUUAACAGCUGGUCCAGCAUCAGGUAGUUUACACAGUGGAUAUUUAACAACAACAUCACCUGAAUUAAAUCCUUCAUCUUUAUCCAAACCUUAUUCAUGAUUAGUUCCUCUUCAUUCAUUCAUUCAUUCAUUUAUAUACUUUGUACUCAGGAUAAUUAAUCUUAAUUGUAAUUAAGUGAAAACAAUCCCUUCUUUUUUGGAAUCAUUUAUUACAAUCCCUACAAUACAAACAAGAAUAUGUCUAUAUACACACACACACACUUGGUCUACUGUCAUGUAUACACUAUUUCAGUUCGUUCUUCGAGGUGUGAUAGUACUAAUGCUGACACUGACGACGAUCAUGAUGAUGAUGAUGUUGUUACUAUGCCUGUAAUACUCCUGUUAUUUGAUUACCUAUAUAUAUACAUGAUUUCAAUCAUUUUUGUAAUAUCAGAAAUUCAAUCGCCCCUCCCCCCCCGCUUUAUUAUUGUUAUUGAUUUUUAUUCUUUUAAUAUUUUUUUUCUUAUGAAUUGAUGAUUAUUCAAUGUACAGAAUAUAAGCAAAGUAGCAUUAAAAAGGGGGGAGGGGGGAAUUACAAUUUUUCUUUAUUGUGGAAUUGUUGCUGUUUUGAUACCCC